GUGACAGUGAAUACACAAUUCCUUACUGUAUAUACGAGAAUUGGGUUGAUUGCUAUCUACUAAGUGAAAAACCAAGAUGGUGUCAGAUACAGUUGAACUCCUGAAGAAUGAGAUUCCUCUGGAGCAACAGUCGGUGGUUUUAGCUGAAGACACUGUAAAUGGUCUUGUUCUUGUGGACAUCAUAAAUGGCUUUUGCACAGUUGGUGCUGGAAAUUUGGCUCCAAGAGAACCCAAUAGACAGAUUUCAGGAAUGAUCAAUGAAUCAGCAAGGCUAGCUAGACUGUUCUGUGAGAAGAAAUUGCCAGUUAUGGCUUUCUUAGAUUCUCACCAUCCUAACAAGCCAGAGGACCCUUAUCCCUCUCACUGUAUUGUUGGGACUGAUGAAUCAAAUCUAGUUCCAGCGUUAAGAUGGCUAGAGAAUGAAACCAAUGUAACAAUCAGGCGUAAGGAUUGUUUUGAUGGAUAUUUUGGCUCAAUGGAAGAAGAUGGUUCUAACGUUUUUGUAGAUUGGGUGAAGAAGAAUAAGAUCAAAACUCUUCUGGUUGUAGGUGUAUGCACAGAUAUAUGUGUUCUGGAUUUUGUAUGCUCCACAAUGUCAGCUAAAAACCGUGGUUUUCUCAAGCCUCUAGAAAAUGUGGUGGUGUAUUCACAUGGCUGCGCUACCUUUGAUAUCCCUAUGGAGGUAGCCAGAAACACCAAAGGAACUUUAACUCAUCCUCAGGAGUUUAUGCAUCACGUAGGUCUGUAUAUGGCCAAAGAACGGGGUGCCAAGAUAGCAAAUGAAGUGUUGUUUGGUGCAGAAGAGAAGGCUUAAGUCUGUUGUGUGUGGCUCUUCUGAAUAAAGCUCUAUAAGAUACUUUAUAUAAGGUUGGUCUAAUAAGUUGCAAAUGGUCUUGUGGAGGUGACCCCCAUUAGGACUAUAUAAUCAUCAUAUGUAAAAUAUAAGCAGCUAACACUUUUAGACCAUGGUAUGAAAUCUAAAUUUUUGUACUUGUAUGCAAAGAGGAUGCUUUAUAUGCCAUUUCAAAUUUCU